UCCCAGCCCUAGGCAGCCGGGGCCAGCUCAGGGAGAAGUAGCACCUUUGAAAGCUGGUUGGAUCAUCAGAGCUGGACCAAGAGGAAGUGCCCAGCGCCUGCGCCUGGAUCUGACCCCCCAGGCAGCCAGGGGCCCUGUCGGGCUGGAGCCUGAUUGGGAGCUGGAGGCAGGGGCAGCCGGCUGGCCCACAAGGACCAUGGGGAAUGGCAUGAACAAGGUUCUCCCUGGACUCUAUCUGGGCAACUUCAUUGAUGCCAAAGACCCAGACCAGCUGAGCAGGAAUAAAAUCACGCACAUCAUCUCCAUCCACGAGUCUCCCCAACCCUUGCUGCAGGACAUCACGUAUCUUCGGAUCCCAGUGCCUGACACCCCUGAAGUCCCUAUUAAGAAGCACUUCAAAGAAUGCAUCAAUUUUAUCCACUACUGUCGCCUCAGUGGAGGGACCUGCCUCGUGCACUGCUUUGCAGGCAUCUCCCGAAGUGCUACCAUUGUGACAGCCUACGUGAUGACGGUGACAGGACUGGGCUGGCGCGAGGUUCUGGAGGCAGUGAAAGCGGUCCGCCCCAUCGCCAAUCCCAACCCAGGAUUCAAGCAGCAGCUGGAGGAAUAUGGCUGGGCCAACGCCCGGAAGCUGCGCAGGCAACUAGAGGAGAGGUAUGGAGAGAGUCCGUUCAACGAUGAAGAGGAGAUCCGGGCUUUGCUACCCCUAUGCAAACGCUGCCGGGAGGCGUCCCCAUCGGGCAGCGCCGAGGGCACCCUACAGAGACUGGUCCCCCGACCCCCUCGGGAGGUCCGGAGGCCUCUCCCUCUUCUUGCCCGAGUCAAGCAGACUUUCUCCUGCAUCCCCAGGUGUCUGUCCCGGAAAGGGGGGAAGUGAUGGUUCUAAGUUAUGUCCAGGCCCUUAUUUACAAAGCUGAGUUGGGUGGGAGUCAGGCUUAGGACCCAGGAGCGUCAAGGCAGAGAACUGGAAGUAUGGACAAGAUCAGGCUGCGGCAGAAGCACAGCUGGCCUUGUGGUUUGGGUUGGUGCAGAUACCCUUGCCUUCCCCAAAGAAGAACAGACCACUCCUGGGCUUGAACUGGCUAUGCCUAUUCCUGCUGAUGGUUUUUCCUUCCCACCUGUUUGUGUCUCUCCCCUGUCUCUUGUCUCCCUCCUGUCUCCAUGUCUCUGUUGGUUGCCUCUGACCCCUAAGUACCAUUGGGUCCAAAGGAAGGUCCUAGUCUCCCUCACCCCAUAAAAGAUGGUCCCAGAUCUGAGCUUCUGGGCCAUGCCACCUGAUUCCCUGGGUCCCACACGUCUGGGUCUGGUGUCUGUGAGUCUGUCUCCUGUCUGCGUCUGUGUCUGUGUCCGGUCUGAUGAGGCCCUGCUGCAGUAACUGGUGCCUUAGCUUUUGGGGAGACCCAGUCUGCCUGGAUUGACUGAGCCCCUGCCUUACUAAGGAAGGGAGCUGCUGGGAUUUGGAGCUGCAUAAGACCUUGGAGAUAAGAUCACCCAGUCCCACCUCUUCAUUUUGCAGAUAGGGAACCUGAAGUCCAGAGAAGUAAAGAGAGUUCUCUGAGGUAGAAAGUGGCAGAAGCAAUUUUAAUGCAGCCCCCUGACUCUAGAUCAGAGGCAGGAUCCCUGGGGGAAGUGGACCAGGGCGCGUUUGGUCUGUGGGCCCAGGGAAACCAAGGAGGAUGGGCGGAGCAAGAGAGACGGAAAAUGGGGGGAGGGGUGCAGGGAGGUGACAAGAUUAAAAACAGACUGAGAAUGGGCUGGCAGCCAAUGGGGAGCUUUCUCUUGGUACUUCAGGUAUUAUUAUCCCCAUUUUACAGAAAUAGUCUGAGAGAGGUUAAGUGACUCAUAUAACUCGUCAAUGUCAGAAGUGAGACUUGAACACUCGCCUUACCUGACGGCAAGUCUGACGCUCUUACCGCUGUACUACACUGCCUCAUUUCACAGAAGGGGAAACUGAGGCCAGAAAAAGGAAGGGGCUUCCCCAAAGUUAGAACCAGAGCCAAGUUGAACCCUUUUUCUGACUUCAAAUUUAGAGCCCUGGGAGAGUCUUAGGAACACCAGUCCGGUCUCCUCCCUUUUUCAAAUCACCACCUCAGGUGGAGACUGGGAUCCUAGAGAAAAGAAAGGUAAUGCAUGAACAAAUUAGACCUUUUGGGGGACUUUUUUGGGGAGAGGAUUUCCUACAGACAAGGCUAAGCUAGCAACUAGCGGGGCCCCAGAGAUCAUGCCUCAGAGUCGCCCAGGAUUCCUGAACACCAACCAAUACACUGAAACUAGUCCAGUCCCCGACAGUAAGCACCCAAUACCCUCACAGCUCUCGUUCCCCUGAGUGGUCACUCUCAUUGAUCCUCAUCCUCAGUCACAUCCUUUCCCCCACUCAAAAGCAUUAUCAUUCCACCAAACACUUUAAUUUUUUUAAUUUAAAAAAAAUAAUCUUAGUUGGUGCUUUUGACAUCACAGUUCCCAUCAUUGAAUGUGCUCUCUCUUAUGAAAAAGAAAAACAGUUAAACAAACCCAGCCAAUUCAGUGACCUUGUCUGGCAGUGUAUGCAACAUUCUUCCUUGAUUGUCCCCUAUAUCUCUACAGAAAAGAGGGAGGUGCUUCCUCAUCGAGUCUCGGGGCCAAGAUUGGUCGUUAUAAUUACAUAGAAUUGGACUUCAUUUUAAUGGGAGCUUUUGUUUGUUUGUUUACAUGGGUAUGGUCAUUGUAUAUAUUAUUUUCCUGUUACUUCUUUCUGCAUCAAUUCAUACAAGUCAUCCUAUGUUCCCUGAAUUCCUCAUAUUGGUUAUUUCUUACCAUGAAAUAAUAUUUGUUACA